UCGUAGAGACGACGGGCAGAGGGAGGAAUGUUUUCACACCAGCUGCAAGCUGGAGAGGUACGCUGAACGCAUCUAGAGUUAAUUUUCAUAUUUAAUAUUAAAAAAAUUCUAACCUCUUUAACGUAAUUAUAUCUAGUAUAUCAACCGAGCAAACCGAAUGAACAAACAGAACUCGAAAGACACCUUUAAGGCUCACGAUGAACGCGCUACGGAGUAGCUGCUGCAGCUAGUCACCGGCCGGACCAUGGCCAAACCUGGGAGCGACAGGGACGGCACCAUGGUGGAGAAGCAAGCAGGCAAGAAGAGCAAAGAGAAGAUUUCUCCUUUCACCAAGACUCCAAAGCUGGACCGGAGUGAGAUUCUGAGCAGGGAGAUGAAGCCGAGGCCUUCCAUGAAGCGCAAGCUCUCCUUCACCAUCAGUCCGCCACGCAACCAGGAGCGGGAUUCUGACACGGACGUGAUGUCAGUCAACCCAGACUUCCGUCCGUCCCCAGAUUCAGACCCAGGACACUCCAGUGAAACCUGGGGAGAAAGAUUAACCCCUCCCUGUGGGAUUUACUCAGAUAAAGAUGGUCCCGACAAAAAGAAAGUGAAAAAGGAGACAGGAAACAAGAAGUCCACUCCUGUGAACAUCCUGUUUGGAUAUCCCCUGUCAGAGCGCAAGCAGAUGGCCCUCCUCAUGCAGAUGACAGCAAGAGACAACAGCCCAGACUCCACCCCCAGCCACCCCACACAGGCACUGCCGGUUCAGAAGAAGCUCCCCAGCUCCGCCUCGUCCAGGCAGAAGGACAAGGUGAACAAGAGGAACGAGCGAGGCGAGACCCCACUCCACAUGGCCGCUAUCCGUGGCGACGCUAAGCAAGUUAGGGAGCUCAUUAGCCUGGGGGCUGACGUCAACGUCAAGGACUUUGCAGGCUGGACUCCACUGCAUGAGGCCUGCAACCUUGGGUAUUACGACGUGGCCAAAGUGCUGAUCGCUGCGGGGGCGGAGGUCAACACACAGGGGCUUGAUGACGACACACCACUGCAUGAUGCAUCCAGCAGCGGACACAAGGAUAUUGUGAAGCUACUGCUGAAGAACGGAGGAAAUGCCUUCCAGGCCAACAAGCGCGGAGAGCGUCCGGUGGAUGUGGCGGACUCCCAGGAGCUGGAGCGGCUGCUGAAGGGCGAGGUCCCGCUGUCCGAGCCGGAGGACAGCUCCUCAGAAUCAGAAGACCCCCCAUCUGUUAACCCCUCUAGUGUGGAUGACAACAUGGAGUUCUCGGACCCAGAAAAGGACUCGGACGGCAAGCAGGCUAACCUGGUCAAAUCAUCGGCCUCCAUGUCCGGGCUGGACGAGUACGAGUUCAAGGACGAGGAAGAGGAGGAAGAGGAUGACCUGAGCAAGGCGCUGAAUGACAGGCACAUCCUACGGAGGGAACAGAGGCAGCGGGAGAAGGAGGAGAGGGACGGCGGCCACUUCCUGGCUAAGCAAGACAAAGGGAGCAGCAAGCCCAAAAAGUCCAAAACAUCCCGCGCCCUGUACUGCAGUUCAGACAGCUCCAGUGACGAGGCAGAGCCAGAGAGGAAGGUCUCUCCCACCUGCUCCCUGGCCACCACCGAGGGACACAGGCUGGAGAGCAGGACUAAAAAAGAGCCCAGCCUUGCCGCAGAACACAAGGAAAAGGGCAAAGUCAAGAAAAAGUAUAAAAACCAGAGCAAAAACAAGGAGAACCAGGAGCUGAAAGAGGACGGGAAGGAGAACAGCAAAGUGCCGUUCUUCUCCUGCUCUGCCUUGGCUGGGACGGAGACCCCAGAGAAGGUGGGCAGAGAGGAGGACUCCUUCAAGAUGUCCUUUAGCCCUAAAGAUGACUCGUCCGUUCAUCUCUUCCACCUGCCAGCAGCCAGGUCUCCCAAGCUCAAUCACAGCCUGGUCGACAAGCAGCCGGCUCCACUCAAACAGGAAAAUGCCAAAACCUGUCUGUCUGUUGCAGGCGGCCCAUGCCAGGUUGAUGGAAUCAAACAGGACCGCCACGCAGAGCCAGACUACGCCACGGAGAGCUGCAGCAGCAGAGGAGCCAAGCACAAGGAGAAGAGCAAGCACCACCACAAAGAGCUCAGCUUGGAUGGCCACGACAGGAGCUCCAGUCCCUGCAAGGAGGAUGCCGCCACGGACAGUGCCGAAGGGGCCUUACGGAAAAUCGACAAAGAGGGCAAAGUGGUCAAAAAGUACAAAUUGAAACACCGGGAGAAGGACAAACAUCGCAAGGACUGCGAGGUAGAGAAGGACAGGCACAGGCAGAAAGAGGCCAGGAAGGAGGGGCACAGGAACCUGGAGUUCGACCGGGAGUUCUGGAAGGAAAACUUUUUCAAAAGUGAUGAGAAUGAAGAGCUCCUUCCAGGCAGAACGGAGACUCCUGAAGGCAGUUCUCCACACAAAGCGGAUUCUUCCCCCGUCAAAGAGGAGAGGGCAGGCAGAGAGAAACACAGUGGCAGCAGCAAAGACAGGAGGCCAAAAGAGGAGCGAGAAAAGGACAAAGCUGUGAAAAAGGAGAAGGAUCUUCCCUGCAAAGAGGAGAAAGGAAGGGAGCUGAAAACCAGCGAACAAGAGGAGAGGACAGAUGGCCUGGCUUCUGACCGAGGGAACGAGGAGUUCACGCACAGCAAUGCCGUGAAAGAAGAGCAGGAUGAGCAGCCUGUAAUGGAGAGACACACUGAGCAAGACCAGUGGGACCAACCAGAGAAAGGUGCUCGAGACAAAACUGAGAAGAGGGCUUUGGGGAAGGAGAGGGAUGCGGAAAAGAUGGACAAAAAGCAUUCUGACAAGGAAAAGAAAAUCAAAGGCGAGCACUCUCCGGACAAAUCCGAGUCGCACAACUGCACAGACAGGUGGAAAGAGCGGGAAAAGACAACAACAGGCUCCUCCCACUCACUUGGAGAUAGGAACCACAAGGAAAGCGAAAAGUUGAAGGCUAUCCUGACAUCCAAAAAACCAGAGGAGAACAAGAAGAGCAAAGAGAGGCCUGAUAAGAAGAGUGAGAAAGAGAAGGUGGAGAGGGAGCGCAGUCUUGGGGAGAGCAGGGACAGAGAAAGGAACAGCACAGACAAGAGGGGGAAAGCUCCAGAGAAGGCUCCCGAUCAGGGCAAGCUUGAUCGCAUUAAGGAAAAAGAAAAAGAUGGGGACAAAAAAAAGAAGGAGAAAGGGAAAGACAUCACUUCUUCCAGCUCCAACCUUAAAUUGCUUUUGGAGGAGAAAAAGAGCAGUGCCUUCGAGAGCAACAGGAUGUCCCAUGAAAAGACCGCCUCCUCGAAGCUAAAGGAAGAAGUACUCCGAACACCAGAGAAAGACCGGCGUGAUCGGGACAAAGAUGCUGACAGACACAGAGACAGGGACCGGCACAAAGACAGGUCCCAGCCUGCUAAAAUCAGCAAGUCCAGGUCAAAUGAGGUGGAGGCCGACAGAGCCAAACCCAAAACCUCGCCAGCCCCCAGGGACGUCCGGCCCAAGGAGAAGAGGCUGGUCAACGAUGAUCUCAUGCAGACUAGCUUUGAGCGAAUGCUGAGCCUGAAGGACCAGGAGAUCGAGCAGUGGCACAGGAAGCACAUGGAGAAGAUCAAGCAGAAGGAGAGGGAGAGGAUGAAGCAGCGGCCUGUGGCAGAUUCUGGAAAGCCUAAGAGCAAGGACCGUUUGAAAAGCUUGGUAGGUGAGUCCUGCCAUAGCAAGGAGCUUCUGCGCUCCAAGAGCUCAGAGACUUCUGAGGUCCACAGCCGAGAAAAGGUGCUCAAGGAUGCCACCAGCUCAAGGUCAUUCUCCUUGGAUGCUAAGGGCUUCCCCCACUCUGGGAAGCUGGGCGUUGGCCUGGACAACAGUCUGAGCCGCUCCCCCCGGCCUGAGGGGGAUAAGUCGAGCCUCAUGUCCAGAUCGGUGUCCAUGAUCUCUGUGGCUAGCUCAGAGGACUCAUGCCAAGCAGCUGCCCUCACACCCAGACCCCUGGCUGAAUAUGAUUCAGACUUUGCUCCAGAAGGUUCUGAUUCCCAGCUCUCUUCCUCACAGUCUUCCUUCAUUGUCCACCCAGCCAGGUCCCCUGCUGUUCACGAAAAGGAAUCCGAAGGUCUGCUUGAUACAGCUACUCGCAGCAGGUCUUCCCUUCCUGUCAGACAUGCGUCACCUUAUCUGAGAUCCAUCUUAGAUGAAGAUAUGAAAGUUGCGAUGACUGACGGGAGACCCCCUGAGGAUCCUGGAAAGACCAGUACAGUGGUACACUCCAGUGGGGAACACGUAAAGGGUCCUCUGCCUGACAGCAGUGUGGCACCUGCUCAAGAUAGCUACAGCAGUCAAAGUCUCCCUCCCCCAAGCCUCGGUCAUUUCAGCCCCGAUACCGAGAGCAUCACCAGUGGUGCAACUGAGGGGAACACCUCAAAAACUCACCUCUCAGUAUCAUCAAACAACAAUGAUCCACUGAAUAAGGACGCUGAUGAAACCAGCAAUCAGGCCACCCAUUCAGACAGCAGGCAGCAAAGCACUCCAGAAGUGAGGAGGCCUUCUGUUAUAGACUCUACGUCAGAGAAGACCAUGUUCUGGCCAACAGUGGAGAAUUGCGGGACAGAGAGCUCCAGACAGAAAUCAAACACAGAACAUAAUGACAAAGAGAUUAAAGACUCUCUGUCUGAAGAUGCCUCAGAAGGAGCGUUCUCAUCCCCUCUGGCUUCUCAGCAGAUGUUCUCCAUAAACCCCCAGGAACCCACAGAACUCUGUGGUGAGCCUUCACUGGAGAGUGAUGAAGCUUCACAUCCAGGACCUGAGUUACAAGAAAAGGCUGGACCAUUAGAGGGCACUGCUGACUGCAAAGAGGAAGAGUCAAGGAAGGGGAGCGUGUUGAGCGGUGGGCAUGGGGGUGCCAAGGCAGAGUGGGUGAGCAGCCCGGGGCCCCCCAAUGCCUCACUCUGCACCAGUAAUCACAGGACUGACAGAAGCACAGGCGAUUCAGCACUCAUUUCCACAGUGGGCAGCAUGGAGACCAAGGUCACUCCAGAAGAUAUGGAGGCCGAGGGUUUUGACUCUAAAGACUCCAAGGACUCUACCAGUCUAAGUGAGCUUCCUUCAGAGAAACAUGAAGGCAGUGGUCUCAUGUCAUCUUCUGCCACUGGAUCCAGCUGUGCAGGCCCCAUCCAUAAAGCAGAGGUUCUGGCUGAUGCUCCUGAGAGCAAGGAGAAGAAUAGCGGUGUGGAGGCACUGGAAAUGGCAGAGCCCCCAUCAGCCGAUGGCCCCCAGACACUCCCAGCUGGUGAAGUGAAGACCGAGCCAGUCGAUACUGCCAGUGACCACACUGCCAUGGAAGAGAACUCUCAACUACAGGAGCAGCUAGAGGCAUCUGCAGUACCACAGUGUGGUCUGCAGGGGGACCCUCAGACAGAACACAGUAGCACCUGCUCAGGAAGCUCAUCACCCCUGCAGGGGGAGGGUGACUGUCUGGGGGCCAGGGCCAAGACGCGGUCGCUGGAGGAGGAGGACAACCAAGUGCACCACCCACGGAAGAGGAAGAUGCCGCGGGUGUCGCAGAUUGGCCCCAGUGCCCAACAGGCUAAGGACAAGGCCCAACAGUCCCUGGCGGCCAUCGUAGACUCGCUGAAGCUGGAGGAGAUCCAGCCCUACCAGACGGAGAGGGCCAACCCGUACUAUGAGUUCCUGCACAUUCGCAGGAAGAUUGAGGAGAAGCGGAAGGUGCUGUGCAGUGUCAUCCCUCAGGCACCACAAUACUAUGACGAGUACGUCACCUUCAACGGAUCCUACCUCCUGGAUGGAAACCCCCUCAGCAAGCUGUGCAUUCCAACUAUAACACCGCCACCCUCAUUACCUGACCCACUGAAAGAGAUGUUUAAGCAGCAGGAAGUGGUGCGCAUGAAGCUGAGACUGCAACACAGCAUUGAGCGGGAAAAGUUGAUAGUUUCCAACGAACAAGAGGUCCUGCGUGUCCAUUACCGUGCAGCGAGAACACUAGCCAAUCAGACGCUUCCUUUCAGCGCUUGCACGGUCCUGCUGGAUGCCGAAGUAUACAACAUGCCCCAGGAUGCACAGGGAGAAGAUGGUAAAACAUCUGUGCGGGACAGGUUCAAUGCCAGGCAGUUCAUGUCUUGGUUACAGGAUGUGGAUGACAAGUUUGAUAAACUAAAGACGUGUCUGCUGAUGCGGCAGCAGCACGAGGCGGCAGCUCUAAACGCCGUGCAGCGCCUGGAGUGGCAGCUCAAGCUGCAGGAGCUGGACCCCGCCAUGUACAAGUCCACCAGCAUCUUCCAGAUCCCCGAGUUCUACAUCCCGCUCGUCGACGUCAACGACGACUUCGACCUCACUCCCAUAUGAGGAGCCGGCCCCACACGCCGUCGGACUCUCGUGAGGAGGUGGCGCCCUUUCCUCGGAGUGCAAAACAAAGCGCUUAAAAAGCUCAGGAGGCUCAGGGUCGGUCGGAGAGGGCCAUGUGAAGCCCAGGACAGACUGACCCUCCCUCCUAUUUAUAAAAAUAACUGUGCGUGUGCACAUCCUGUGAGGCUACCAGCUGCCCCCCCUCGAGCCCGGAGAACCCAGGGCUACUCCACAGGGGGGCGGGGAGCCUGGUCACAUGGGCGUCUGCACAGUAAGGGAUGUGGCUGGCACUUACACAUAAGCAGCACUUAUGACAGUGUACAGGGCCCAGGCUCUGAUAGGCUGAGAGCCUCAGAGAGAGCUUAUAGGGAAGAGAAAGAGAGGGAGAUAGAGGGGGGAGAGAGAAAGGGUAGUGAGAGAGAGAGGCCCUGUCACUGCAUUUCACAGCCUGAGAGAGCUUUGCCACUGCUUCACCUCUCUGAACAGGACUGUCAAAGACAGGUCACUUCAAGGCGUUUUUAAGUGGAAGUGUCCAUACGUGUACAGACUGUGCUCUUAAUUAUUAUUUUUUUUAACUUAUUUUAUACGUACAGAUUGUGCAUUUUGUAAAUAGUCAUGUAAUUAUUUGUUUCUAACACGUGUAAAAAAAGAAAGAAAUUAAAUUGAUAUUUUGAUUGUAAACUUGUUUUGUCUAAUGUUUUAAAUGGACCAAAGUCGAGGUGUUUUUUUGUUUGUUUGUUUUUUGUUGUUUUUUUUUAAUAAGUAUUUUUGUGUUGUUAUUGGCUAAUUCUUAAGCAUGCUUGGAUUUAGUUUUGUUUAGUUUUGUUCCUUCUCCUUAUGUUCUCCUACAGGCAGGUGUUUUGACUUGUGAUCUUUAAUAAUGUGCAUGCCUUGCAGGUUUGUACUUCUCUUCCAGAAAGCUGGACCGUGGGCUGUUGUGAGAUGUUCAGAAACGUCCCCGCUUCGUUUCCCUUGCCAGUCCGUCGUCUCGUGCAGCACUGUGCGGCUUCCUCGCCUGUGUGUCCAUUGCAUUUUCACUCGCACUUAAAAAAAAUCCACACUUCAAAAUUCAGUGUUGCUUCGAAACGCAAAAUUAAAAUUACUUUUACAGUUCAGCGCGAGAUCACAACAAAACCUAUUUUUGCAACAUAAUGCCUUUGAACUAUGGUUCUAAAAUAUGUCUAUUUUAAUAUUUACUUGUUACAUGACAUGUACAUAUCUGUAAUAUAUAAUUGAAUAAAUUUUAUUUGUUGUGAAAUCCAAAA